AUGGGAAAAUCAAGGAAGAGAUCUCGUUCACCUAGAAGAUCUCACUCGACUUCAAGGGACCGCAGUAGAUCACCAAAAAUCUCAAAGCGAGACUUACAACAACAAAUAACCGCAAUGGCAAAGUCUAUUGCUGAACUCAUCGAGGUCCAAAAGGCCGCCAAUAAGGCACCUAAUGUAGAAAUUCAAGCACUAAAAGACCCCGUCGAUAGUGCCAAUGAAAGUUCUGAAAAAUCAGUAGCAAAUGAGUCUAGUGACAAAGUUUCAGAGAUGAAAAAACCUAACGAUGGUGAUAUAGAAGAUGGUGAAGUUAUAAUUGAAGACGACUACCCGGAACUAGAUGAUGAACUUCUGGAUGUACUAGGCGAAGAGGUCACAGACUCAGGCUGUCAGGUAAAAGUUAACGAGAAACUCAAGAAAUGGUGGAAGGGCUGGAUGGAAAAAGGUUUUUCGGAAGAAGUUAGAAAAGAACUUCUCAAGAAAUAUCCCAGAGAUGGUGAAUUCGUUACUGAGGCACCAAAAGUCAAUCUCGAGGUACAACGUCACCUUACUGAGAUUGCUAAAAAACGAGAUGAACACUUCAAGCAGACACAGAGCUGCGUAGGAUCAGCACUGUCAUCCCUGAGUACAGCAGUCUCCAUGCUGACAGAAGUCUCAACAGAACCAGUCAAUCAGACACUUCUGUUACAACAUCUCUGGGAUACGGGAAAAAUCCUAUCAGACAUUUUUCACCAGCAGUCGGAGGCUAGAAAAUCUUUUAUUACACCAACAUUAGACAAGGACCUUAAGCCCACUCUUGAUGCUAGUGUAUCAGACGAGUGGCUGUAUGGUCAAAAGUUAACCGAACAGGUUAAAGAGGCCAAAGCUAUAGUUAAAGCUGCCUCUACAUUAAAGGCUACUGAUAAACCAAUAGCUAAAAAACCAGCUAGGAAACGGGAGAGGCCCACCUGCGAGAUCCAGGCAGGUGGGCUCCCACUUCUCGAGGAAAUUCACGAACGUGAAUUAUCGACACCGAGUUCCGGCAACAUCAUCGAGACCAGCGCAGAGAACCAAUACGGACAGGGGUCAAACGUCGAGGAAGAAGUAGAUACCAGGGGUAACGAGGAUUCUAGUAAGUUGCGGCUGAAAGAGUUGUCAGAAAUACUAACCACUCUUCUUAUACUGAUUACUGCACAUAGGAUGCAAACACUGGCUCUCAUUAAUAUUAAAGAUAUUACAAGAUCAUCCACAGGUUUAAGCAUUAAAAUACCAGAUCUUAUAAAAACUUCAAGACCUGGAAAGGAGCAACCAAUCUUGACGGUACCUUUCUUUAAAAAAAGAGAAAAACUCUGUGUAGCAUCAAUCAUGCUAAAAUACCUGGAGAGAACUGAAAACCUGAGGUCUAACUCAGACAAACUUUUUAUCUCAACAAUAAAACCCCAUAAACCAGCAAGUGCACAAACUAUCAGUCAUUGGAUCAAAAACGGAAUGUACUCGCCACUCGCUUGGUUUGCUGAUAUGAUCGUUGAUUAA